UCUCUUGGUCAUCUUCACUAACAAAAUUCAACACUUAAUUUGCUGUCUUGAUGUCUUCUUCUUUUUCCAAUUCCAUGCUAACCCAUUUUAUUAAAGUGUCAGAUCACCUUUGUAUACCUUUUCAAGAUAUUCAACAGGCCACCAAAAAUUUCUCUACACUCAUUGGGAAGGGUGGAUAUGGCUUAGUUUACAAAGGGGAGCUUUUAAUUUCUGGUAAACUUACUUUGGUUGCUAUAAAACGACUAGAUACUAACAUUUCAGGUCAAGGGUUGAAGGAGUUUUUAACUGAGAUUCAUUUGCUAUCUUGUUAUAAACAUCCAAACUUAGUCUCCCUGGUUGGUUUUUGUGAAGAGGACGACGAAAAGAUAAUAAUUUAUGACUAUGCAGAACGUGGAAGCCUCGAAAAAUACUUAACUAAGGGUAAAUCAACUGUUCAAUUAACUUGGUUGCAAAGGAUAAAUAUAUGCAUUGAUGCAGCCCGGGGUUUGGAUUAUUUACAUAAUCAUGUUGCACAAGACCAGAGAAUUAUCCAUAGGGAUAUAAAGAGUGCGAAUAUUCUUUUAAGUCAUGAUUGGAAAGCUAUGAUUGCGGAUUUUGGACUUUCCACGAUAGGUCGUGCAAACGAAAAAUUUAGUUUUAUCAUUACCAAUGCUUCUGGGACGCAUGGUUAUUGUGAUCCAGCAUAUAUGCGUACCGGGGUACUUACUAAAGAGUCAGAUGUUUAUUCAUUUGGAGUGGUUUUGUUUGAAGUCUUAUGUGGGAGGUUGGGUUUUAUAAAUGUGAAUAGUGAACAACGAUUUCUAGCCCCGCUAGCCAAACGCUAUUACGAAAUGGGAAGGUUAAGUGAGAUUAUUGAUCCAUAUUUGAAGUUUGAGGUGGACUCGGAAUCUUUGAAUAGGUUUUCAGUGAUUGCAUAUCAGUGCUUGCUUAAAGAUCGGGAACGACGUCCCUCAAUUGGUUUGGUGCUCAAAAAACUUGAGGUUGAGGCUAAAAUACUUAGAGGUCCACAAGAGAAUCUUCAAGGCUAUAAAAAUAAAAGCUUUAAGAGUAGCGAUGGGGUGCCCAGCCAGACAAAUAACUUGCCUUCAAAUGCUAUCGCUGAACUUGAACAUGAAUUUAAACAACUAUUAUCAGUGUGCAGCAUACCUGUGGAACCUGAUAGAAUAUAUGAGUGCCUCCCUAGUUCACUAAGUCGAAAAUCAGGAUCAAGCUUUGGAUCAUCUGAAAGUGAUACGAGUAAAAACGAUCCGUCUGAUAGUCAUACAGCUGUUUAUAAGCCUCUAGUCCUCAUACCAGCUCGGUUAAUAACCGUGCUUCAUGAUUUAGCUCAAGAUAUGGUGAAUGGUGGUCAUACUCAGCAGUAUCUGAUUAUUUACAGGGAUAUCCGUUCUCAACUACUGCAAAAAUGCCUUCACCAAUUGGGAGUGGAGAAGCCUAGUGAAGAUCUUAUCCGAAAUAUGGAACCUGAGGCCGUGGCACACAAAAUGGGCACAUGGAUUGAUUCUAUGCGCAUUGCAGUAAAGUUGUUGUUUGCUGCUGAAAGAAAUCUUUGUGAUCAAAUGUUUGAAGGUAUUGAGUCCCUCAAGGAUCAGUGUUUUGCCGAGGUUACACAAGGCAGCGUUGACAUGCUACUUAAUUUUGGAUAUGUAGUUGUCGAAAGCAAAAGGUCACCUAAGAAUUUUUUUGUGCUUCUUAACAUGUAUAAGAUCGUGCUUGAGCUUCAUUCCGAGAUUGAAACGCUUUUUAGUGCUAAAGCUUGCAAAGUAAUUAUAGAAGCUGUGCUAUGCUUUACAAUGCAACUUGCCCAAACAGUAAAAGGCACAUUGAGAGCAUUUGAGGAAGCCGUUGAAAAAGAUGCUACAAGAAUAACUAGUGGAGACAUGAAUGUCCAUCGUCUCACGACCUAUGUCAUCAACUAUUUUGAAUGCUUAUUCAACUAUCGGUUUCUGAAGCAACUAUUCCAAGAGUUUGAUGGGGGAGUCGCCUUCAACACUCAGCUGGCAUCUGUAACGAUGCGAAUUAUGCAGGGGUUACAGACCAAUUUGGAAAGGAAGUCAAAGGAGUUCACGUAUCUAGCAUAUUCUAAGUUAUUCGUGAUGAACAAUAUUCACUAUGUGGUCCAAUUCGUGAGCAGGUCUGAAGCAAAGAAUUUAUUAGGGGAUGAUUGGGUGCAACAGCUCAGAAGGAUUGUGCAACAAUAUGCUAAUCAAUACAAAAGGAUCGCGUGGGCGAAGAUCUUACAAUGUCUCUCGAUCCAAGGGGCGGGCUCGUUAGGUGGUGACGAAGGAAACAAUAGUGGGGCUUCACAUGCUCUCGUAAAGGAGAGGUUAAGGAUUUUCAAUAGUCAAUUCGGGAAGCUUCAUCAUAGACAAUCUCAGUGGAUUGUUCCAGACUCAGAGCUUCGAGUAUCAUUGAGACUGGCAAUUGCUGAAUAUUUGUUGCCAGCAUACAAAGCUUUCAUACAACAGUUUGGGUCACUUGUGAAAAAUCGUCACAAGUACAUAAGGUAUUCAUCAGAGGAUCUUGAUCGGAUGGUUGGGGAAUUUUUCAAGGAGGAUAGAUGAGAUUAAGUGGCCAAGCUAUGCAUUUGUUAUCAGAGAAAAGGAGAAAGAAGAUGAAAAACAUGUUUCAAGAACUUCAUUCUUUACUCUCCAAUCAAUCUCCUAAGCUAACAGUUUUAUAGCAUAUAUCAAUGGCUAAUAUUUUUCUCCUUCGUCAUUCUGCACCAUGCAGAGUUGAGACUAGAUUGUUCAGCGUUAUUAUCUCAUUCUACAAAGUUAUGCUGGUACUGUAGUAAUUUUUUUGUAUCCCAGGCUAACUUGACCACAAGAGUUGAUGAGAUGAUAAGCUACAUUAAAACCUUGCAACACUCUCUAAAAACUUGAAACGCAAAAGACACAGAUGCUCUGUAGUCAAUCAACCCGAUUCAUCGACAAAAAAGAGUCGCGCUCAUUUUAUUCAAUGGCAUUUCAUCAAAUGGCCACAUGGAUAUGGUAUCUUGCUCUAAACUUGACCCUUUUGCAUGCCUUCACGUUAGCCUCCAGACUUUCAAACAUGGACUUCUUCCCAUUCUUCUUGAAUGUGUGCGGUCUUGAUGACAUAUUAACAUUUGCUCCUCUAAGAAGCAUGGGCUCCUUGGCGAGAUUGCAAAUUUUGGAGAAGCAUAAAAUGGAUGUCCUUUAUGUUCAAGUUUAUUCCGAGUUAUCUAAAAGCAUGUUUAUAAUUCAUACCCGAUGCUGAUUAGGUAUCUGUAGCUCCCGAUGAGUCCCCAAGAUUUUCAAGAAAGUAGCAUAAGAGAUGAUGCUUUUGGCCGACUCCAAUUCAUCAGAGUUCCAAAGGUAACAGGCCAUAAGAAUUUAAGUGUCCUCUGAGUUAGCACGAUUUAAUCUGUUUUCAACAUACAAAAGAGCUUGGCAACAUGGAGUGUUUGUCCUUCAACCGGGCCGAUCUUAUCUGAUGCACUGGCUAAUCAAUAUUGGUCUUAACACCUUGUGAGAUUUUGAACCAGACACGAUCAAGGUUGUUGCUGCAAGUCCUAUAUGUAUACAAACUUCUUUUAGAUCUUAAAAGACCCAGUACUAAUUUAAUCAUGGCAUUAUGCUUGGCUUGUGUGUUCUAAACUAGGGCAAAUUAUUUUUAAAGGUAUCUUAGUUGUCCAUC